UUUCACUGGCAAGAAAACUUAAGCUGACUAAGUAUAAGAAUUCAUUAACAAGACAAAGAAGCAUGGAGUACCUCUGCUUCCUUCUGUUGGUGACAGCAGGCUUGGUUGCAUCUGAAAAUCCUGAUGAAAACUUGGAAGUGGAUGAUAAGGAUUUGUUCGAGGGAGAUAUGAUUGUCCCUCCCGAUGUCUUCUAUAAAGCCGAGCACGGAAUGGAUGUUGAUAGCUCUCGCAAAAGAGGUGCGAUCAGAAGCAGACUGUGGCCGUCAGGAGUGGUUCCUUAUGUCAUCUCUAGAAGCCUUGCUGGAAGUACGUCUCCUAUUUAUGCAGGAAUGAGAGAAUGGUCAAGAAAGACAUGCAUCCGUUUUAAGAGGCGAACAAAUGAAAGAGCCUUCGUAAUGUUCGCUUCGAGCGG